UGUUUCGUCGUUUGGAUGCUGAUUCGAAUGGACAGCGUACCAAGUAAUACAAAACGGAAAAAGAAGAGGAGCAAAACGGAACAGUUUGUUCCGAGCACCGAACGCAAGGCAUCCGGCUGCAACUGGGAGAUGUACAAGAAUCUAUUUUCCGAAUCAAAGCCAAACAAACAGCAAACAGAAAAGAAUACUCCACAGCACAGGCAUCCGAAACCCAAAAGAAUAUAUACCACUCCGUUGCAUAGAGAUCCGGUAGAGGAGAAAAGCAGCCAUGACGUUGUCAAGAACAAGGAGAACAAGACUCUCACCAAGCAGAUUGCCAUGGACUGCGAAAUGGUUGGAAUCGGCGAUGGCGUGGAGAGCAUGGUGGCUCGAGUGUCGAUAGUCAAUAAGCACGGUGACUGCAUAUACGACAAGUACGUCAAGCCGCGGGAGAACGUCGUGGACUAUAGGACGGCGGUGAGCGGCAUCCGGCCGGAGCAGCUGAAGACCGGAGAGGACUUCAGCGUUGUACAGGUGGAAGUCGCGGAGAUCUUGAAGGGCCGCAUCCUGGUGGGACACGCCCUCAAGCACGACCUCACCGUGCUGUACUUGUCGCACCCGCGAAGAUACUGGCGAGAUACCUCGAGGUACAAGCCCUUCCGUCAAAUAUCAAAGGGCAACACGCCCAGUCUGAAGAGACUCGCGCAGGAAUUGUUGGGUAGGGAGAUACAGGUGGGCGAGCACAGUUCCGUCGAGGACGCGAGGACGGCGAUGCAGUUGUACAUGUUGUACAGAAAUAAAUGGGAAUCGUAGAGACGAGAGGAGGAUGUUGGCCAGGCAUAUUCGUAUGCUACUGUGUUCAUAGAAACGACGUUCGUUGUACACAAAGUCUCACCGGAUCCCGUCAAAUCUUUGAAGUUACAUGAUGAAAAUUCCUUUAUUUAAAUUUGUUUGGUAGAUCUUUACGUUACUUGCGCGACCAAUUAAACUAUAUUUUUGAAUUAGCUAUAGACAUAUGAUCUCUGAUCAAUUGUAAUAAUAAAUUGCAUUUUAAGGAAUAAAAUCGCGGAAAGAAUUA